AUGGGCAGUCUCAACUCUUCAUAUCAGGGCCUCUCCUUUACAGAGCUCCCGACCUCUCUUCGCGAGUCUUCUCUCAUUGGCGCCGAAGUCCAUCUGCCAUCGUCAAUGAACGUCUUGGACACAGACGCCUUGUCGGAGGAAGACAUUGCCACCUUCAGGAAAGCGCUGUUCGAGAAUCAAGUCGUCGUUAUCAAAAACCAGAGAGGCAUCGCGCCCGAGACUCUGCCCAAGUUGACCAAGAUCUUCGAUCCGACAGCAACUGAUAUCCACUCCGCUGGCGAGAAGGCCGUCAGUGACCCGCGGAAUAUCCUCUCGGCAUACAAGGCGGGGAGGAUACCCAGGGCGCCGCAAGUGGGCAUUAUUGGGAGCGGCAAGUUCCAAAAUUACGAAGGAGUUGACGAGUUGGAGGUUAUUCAUCUGGAUCACACCUUGUUCCAUGAGAAGCCUCUGACAGAGCAGGAGCUCAGCGAUGGGUCCACCCGUCCGUACCGAUGGCACAUGGACACCCCCUUCUAUCAGCGUUUGCCCGGCGAGGUCACGAUCCUCCACGCAGUCAAGGUGCCGGACCUGCCUGAUCAGAAGCUCAAGUUCCCAGACGGCAAAGAAAAGAGUAUCGCUGCCGGAGCCACAGCCUUUUUUUCUGGCGCGCGGGCAUUCCAGUUGCUUACCCCGGCCGAGCAAGAAUUCGCUCUCAACACGACCGUAACAUACGCUCCUCAGGCCUACGAAUACAUCAGGCAAUGCAAAGCGACAGAAGACGGCUUGUCAAUCCCCACAGUGGGCAAAGAAGUGCCGAUCGAGCAGCUCUCCGAAUGGUCUUGGGAAAACGUGGCCGAGCAUCCUAUGGUCUGGCGCAACCCCCUCAACCCCGACCGCCCCUUCCUCCAAGUCCACGGCUGCUGCGUCUUCAAGCUGACAACCCGGGAUCCGGCGACCGGCGCGGUGGUCUCAGUCGUAGACGACGUCGCCAAGGUCCGCGAGAUCGUCUACGGCUUCCAGAAGCGGAUCUGGGCGGCGGAGAACAUCUACGCGCACCGGUGGGAGGAGGGCGACGUUGUGAUCUUCCACAACCGCGGCGUGAUGCACAGCAUCACGGGGCAGCUGGCGCAGUAUAAGGAGGACGAGGAGAAGAAGAGGCUGAUGUGGCAGUUUCGCCACGGUGCCGAGAUUGGGUUUCUCGAGACUCUGCGCAGCACGCUUCAGCAGAGUACCACUGACCCUGCCGCUACGGUGAGGAGAGCGGCCGAUCUGGUGAUGGCUAGACUAGAUGCUCUACGAUCUAGUCCGGGACAAGCAAGCGAGGGUGCUUCCCAGCCAACAACAAAUCUCGACGAGUCUGAGAGUGCUGCCCGAGAUGGCGAUUCAGGGCAGGAUGACGCGUCUACCUCGCAUUCUAAAGCCCGUAACUCACUCACAGUGACUGCGUUAGAGCACAUGGCCUGGGGCAGAAGCUACGGGAACUGUUACCCUCACUUACACUGCACUUGCCACCAAAGGCGGAACCUCACCAGCACAUCCUCAAUAUCUCUGUCGGGAAUACCCGCUUAUCCCAUCUCAUCCCUCUCUCCCCUCCCCGAGCGAAGCACAGCCGAAGUUCUCAUCUCAUUCCACCAGGAGCACAUCGCAUGGCACCACAACUCCCUGCACUGCCCGACCUUCCUGCAGCAGUGCACUGCAUUCUGGGACACCGGCGCAUACGACCAGCCGACGUGGCUCGCACUCUACAGCGCGGUACUCUCCGCGUCGCUGCUGAGCUGGCAGAACAGCUGGAAGCACCGCGACGCGUUCCCGCUCACCCUGCCGACGAGGUGCUCGCCGCAGGAGCUGUUCAACUUCAUGGUCGACACGCUCUACCAGGCCCACUUCCUCCAGAAUGUGUCACUCUACUCUGUGCAGGCCAUUGUGAUCUCGACUGAAGUGGCUCACAACCUCGGCCUGAGCCAGCUGAACGCCACCUUGUUCAGCGCCGCGAUCCGGAUAGCGGAGUGCUUGGGCAUACACAAGAUUACAGACGGCAGUAGCCUCGACUUGCAGACACCAGAGGAUAUAUGGGACGAUACCCUGCAGAGAGAAAUCGGUCGCAGGGUGUGGCUUCAGAUGGUCAUCCAAGACCACUUCGCGAUCCCCUUUACCGACUCGUACGGCAUCAACCCGUCUCAAUAUUCGACCUGCCUCCCGAGAAACGCCAACGACGCGGACUUGGUGGAUACGCCGGAGACGACGCUGACGGUGAGCACGUACACGCGUGUGCUGGGCGGCAUCGCGCAGCUGAUGCCGGAGCUGGCGGACGGCAUGGGCCCGUUGAGGGCGCAGAAGCCGGCGAGGGAGCAGUAUGCCCAUGUCCUCGGCAUGGACCAGAAGAUGAGAGAGCAGGUACAAUCGAUACCGCGUUUUCUUCUCCAGAAGGACGAGGUGCUGGAGGGCGAUUGCGCGUGGCUCGGCGUUGCGCGGCAGAGUCUCGCCAUCACUGCAGCCGAAAAGAUUGUCAUGAUACACAGACCGUUCCUCUUCCUCUCAUUCCAGUCAGACUACUAUGUCCACACGCGCCGCACCUGCGUCGCAGCAGCAGUGACCAUCCUCCGCGAACACAAAAGCAUCUUGGAGUCAGGCGAAGUUUCCCUCUGGACACACGUCGCAUUCAGCAUCACUGCCGCCAUUAUCCUCUCCUUUGAGGUCAUCUGCGACCAGAGCAAGGAACGAGACGCCCGGCAGGAAGGGUACCUCGACGCCAUCCGCGGUGCGCGAGAGCAUCUCCUAGGUCGGAUGACGAACGAUGUUCUAGCGCACCGCGGGGUGGUGCUGAUUGAUGCUAUCUUCUCCGAGGUGGGAGGCAUGGAGUCGUUCUCGGACCGGACGCUUGCUGCGCGGCCUGAUGCGAUCAAUUUUGAGGAGAUUGCGGCUAGGUUCAAGACGGAUUGGUUUGUGCUUGAUUCUACUGCGGCUAGUCUUGGGCAGUUUGAUGUUGCGGAGGAGACCUUUGCCAUGUCUGCGAAUCUCUCUGAGGGUUUUGAUGAAUGGUUCCAGCAAAUCUUUCACUCGGCCAUAGCUGAAUGA